AUGGCGGCACGAUCCCUGUGGAGAACCCGCUCGAAGCUCCUCGUCGUUGGUACCGCCGUAUGCGGUGGCUCCGGCGCCGCCUUCAUUGCUUCCUCCGAAGACCCAACGGCCACGCUCAAGCUUUGCACCAACAUCCCCGUCCGCCUCUACCGCAACACCGUCACCGCCGCCUCCAUCGCUUUCGAUUAUGAAUACUCAUUGACGGGUUUGGCUGAGGGGAGCAGUGAGAAGGCUAAGGUCAAGCAUGAAGUCCACCUAAGGUCAGCACAAAAGCUUCAAGAGCUCUGUUUCAAAAAUGGAGGAAUCUAUAUUAAACUCGGCCAGCAUAUAGGGCAAUUAGAUUAUCUUGUGCCUGAGGAGUAUGUUCGUACUAUGAGGGAGUCGAUGCUGAACAAAUGCCCUGUUUCUUCGUAUGAGCAAGUAUGUGAGGUUUUCAAGAAAGAAGUUGGGGAGACGCCAGACAAAGUGUUUGCUGAAUUUGACCCUGUUCCAAUUGCAAGUGCCUCCCUUGCUCAAGUUCAUGUUGCUCGUACCCAUGAAGGGAAAAAAGUUGCUGUCAAGGUUCAGCAUGCGCAUAUGACCGACAGUGCAGCUGCGGAUACUGCAGCUGUUGGAGUUAUAGUGAACACGUUGCACCGGAUAUUCCCAUCGUUUGACUAUAGGUGGUUGUUAGAGGAAAUGAGUGAAAGCUUACCAAAGGAACUAGAUUUUUUGGUAGAGGCGAAAAACAGUGAGAAAUGUCUGGAUAAUUUUAGGAAGCUCUCUCCCCAUCUUGCAGAGUACGUUUAUGCACCAACGAUCUAUUGGAACUUGACCUCCUCUAAGCUCUUGACUAUGGAGUUCAUGGAUGGUGCUCAAGUCAAUGACGUGGCCACCAUCAAAAAGCUUGGGAUUCAGCCCUUUGACGUAUCAAAGCUAGUGAGUCAAGCGUUUGCAGAGAUGAUGUUUAAGCAUGGCUUUGUGCACUGUGAUCCACACGCUGCUAAUUUGAUUGUUCGUCCGUCUCCUUCUGGUAAAAGGAACAUAUACGGCAAGAAGAAACCGCAACUGGUGCUUCUUGACCAUGGCUUGUACAAGGAGCUUGACUUCGACACAAGAUUCAACUACGCCUCGCUAUGGAAAGCUCUUGUCUUUGCGGACGCAAACGCCAUUAAGAAACACAGCGCGAAGCUUGGCGCUGGAGACGAUCUCUACGUGCUGUUCGCUGGGAUUCUAACAAUGAGGCCGUGGAACCAAGUCGUGGACACGUCUGUGGAUCAUCUAGUCAUACCAGGAACCAAAGAAGACCUCUCGGAGAUGCAGAUGUAUGCGUCACAGUAUUUCCCUCAAAUCUCUGAGCUUCUCAGGAGACUGCCACGCGUGAUCCUCCUGAUGCUGAAGACAAACGACUGUCUCCGGUCGGUUAACAAUGAGCUGAUGCGUGGUUCGUCGCUUGAGUCGUUUCUGAUCAUCGGGAAAGUGUCUUCUGAUGCGGUUAUGGAGGCGAAGAGGUCACAGAGGAAAUCGUUGAUGGAAUGGUUUAGAGUGUGGCUUGAAGGACUCUCUGUUGAAGCUAGGCUUUGGGUUAUGCAAUUCGCUCUUUGGAUGUUACAAGUCAGAAGAGCCUUACCUCUAUGA